AUGGCCGGCGUGCCUGAGAAAGUACUCAACUGGCUGUACAGCGUUCUCACCAGCGAAUACUCGGAUGUGAAUCGCACGUACCACGACGCCGCCGAGGCCCUGUCCAACUAUCCUUCGCUCACGACUCGAACGGAAGUCUACACGUACGAAAAUGGAGCUUCGGCGCUUCUACUACUGCUUACUGGGACGCUGCCAGUAACUUUCCGUGGUCAGACAUACGGCUUUCCCGUAGCACUAUGGGUGCCUUACGCCUACCCACGAGAGCCGCCGAUCGUUUACGUUACGCCCUCGCAGGACAUGAUCGUGAGACCUGGACAGCACGUUAGCGGUGACGGCAGGAUAUACCACCCAUAUCUGGCACAAUGGGGGAAGUACUGGGACAAGUCUACACUGUUCGACUUCCUGGCGGUACUCCAAGGCGUCUUCGCAAAGGAACCGCCUGUGCGCUCCAAGCAGCAGCAACAGGCGCAGUAUAGCGCGCCUGUGCAGCAAGCACCUCCGCCAGUACCUCCCACCCCAGUAGAAUGGCGACGGACAUUGCACGGAACUCCAGGUGCAUCGCCUGCACCAGGUCCUUCCAACCAACCUCCCGCUCCCCCUCCGAAGCCACCGAAGCCGUACGAGCAGAACAGCCCAGCAUCACAGUCGCAGCACAACCGAUACGCGCAACCACCUCCGUUACCACCCCAUCCGCCUCAGCAACCCCAGAGAAACAGCUAUGGAGCUCCACCAAGUUGGCAGCAACAGAACCCUGGUACUCAACAACGACAAUCGAGCUACGACAUGAGCCCGGCAACUCCUGUGUCGAGACCGCCUCGGGCACAGUUUCAAGCGCAAGGGUAUCAGCCCAACGCGUAUGAGCUGGGAAGUCCCGUCAGUCCUAUUACUCCUGAUGGCCAACGCAGCGCAUCUCACUAUUCACGGACAGCGCUGCCUCCUCAGCCACCAGGUAAUGUCCCGACCCAGCAGUAUCAAGGGCCGCCAGGGCCUCCACAACAGCAAUACGGCCGCCCACCGCCCGCUCAACAGCAGUAUCAACAGCCACCUCCUCAAUUCUACCCAGCGCAGGCGCAACAUCCUCAGUACCAACAGCAACAGCAACCGCCGCCACAACAAGCUCCGCCGGCUCCCAAACCACCAAUUGAUCUGCUCGACGACUCUCUUGAAGUCACCUUACCUUCACAAACGGGGAAUCAAGCCCCGAUACCCGUUCCACCCGUUCCACCGAAUCCCGAAAAGGACGCCCUCCUAAGAGCACUCAGCCAAACCCUCGUUUCGCAAAUACGGCAAACAGUCUCCUCCAACACGGCUGCAGUGGCACCUCUCCGCGCACAGCAAGCAGCUCUGCAAACCGCAUACUCACGGCUGCAAGCCGAGCUGGGAGAAUUGCAACAGCUGGAUGCCACGCUUGCCUCUAACGAGCAGAUCUUGAAAGGCGCAAUGGCCGACGCCGAUCGAGUCAUGGAAGAUGCGCGGAGACGACAAGCGCCGGACGUGGACGAUGUGCUCGUCGCGCCAACCGUGGUGGGUGGGCAGUUGUACACGCUCGCUGCUGAGGAGAGGGGGAUUGAGGAUACGCUGUUUGUCUUGGGGAGAGCACUGGACAAAGGGCGGGUUAGUGCGGAUGUAUUUGUAAAGCAAACCAGGAGUCUUGCGAGAGAACAGUUUUUGAAGAAGGCCCUGAUUAAGAAGAUUGCAAAGGGCAUGGCGUUGGAUGAGUACCAGAUGCGGUGAGAGGUCGUUAUUGCACCUAGGAGAAGAGGUUUUUAGCAACCCAGGUUACAUUAGGCUGGCAGAGUAAUAGCAACCACAGAGAUUCAAUGAAUAUCAGGGACA